AUGGACGGUGGAGAUGCAGCGGAUGGCAGCGAGGGUGCGGGCGAGAUGGCGGCUGGGGAUAGGGGGGGUCACGAGGAGUGGGAGCAGACGGGGCAGACGGGGCAUGGGGAGCAGCGCGCGCCGCUUCCCUCGCCCCCUUCCCACGCUGAACCGCGGCUGCGCGCUGCACCCCCCGCUGCCAGGCCCCUUGACGCAUCUUCUCCGCGCGCCCACUCGCCCCGGCGCCUGUCGCCCUCCGCGCGAUCACCGCAUGCCACGUCGCCUCCGACUGCCGUGUCGCCUCGAGCACGCGCAGACACCCGCGCGCACACCCGCGCAGACACCCGCGCGCACACCCGCGCAGACACCCGCGCUGGCGCUCACUCGGGGGCUGGCAGCAGUGGCAGCGACGGCGAGGAGUAUCACACCCCCCACAGCACCCCUCCCCCGCCCAGCGACAGCCUUCCCUCCGCGCUGCAGCGCGCGCAGCAGUCGGCGGGGCUCCCCGUGAGCCCGUCUCUCGAGGCGUACCUUACUGACGCGCGCGCCGACCACGCCACAGACGACUCCUGCGCGGAGCCUCCCGAGGCGCACGACGCGGGGGAGAGCAGCGCGGAGUGCGGUGAGCAGUACGGCGCGGAAUGCGGGGAGGACACCCCCCUCGUCGAGGACGGCCCCCUCGCCGCCCCCAACAGGCCCCCCAAGUCGCCCAAACCGGACCGCGCGCUCUCCCCCCUCGCUGCGCGGGGCGCGCGGCAGGCACGCGCGCGCCAGGCGCCUGCGCGCUCGCCGCGGUCGCCGAGGUCGCGAGCGGUGAAGGACGGUGCGUGGCGGUGCAAGUCCAUGCAGGAGGGCUCCUCCAACCCCCCCGCCGCCGCCAGCGCCAGUCGUGCUGGCGCGUCUGGCGGCGCUGCGGGCUCCGCCGCGCGCCCUGCCGCGCGCACGCGGUCCUUCCGCGAGCAGUCGCCCCGCGGAACGCUGAGGAGCGCAGGGGGCGCAGGCGGAGGGGGCAGGGUGCUGCGCAAGGCGGGGACAGAGCCAGAGGAGCGGGGGGGCGCGGGGGAGGGGGGUGGGGGAAGCCGAGGGGGAAAGGGCGCGCGGGGCGUGCAGGCGUGGUCGCGGCCCAAAUCGCCGAGGGAGGCGCCGCGGUCGCCCAGGGCGCGCUUCAAGUCGCCCAGCGACGGGCUCAGGUCGCCCACCGAGGGGCUGCGCUCCCCCCGCGCUGCAGGCAAGUCCCCGCGCCCCCUGCCUUCCCCCAACGCGGGACUUCCUGGGCGGGACGUGGGCGCGGGGGAGAGGGGUGCGGGGGGGAGGAGCAGGCAGGCACGGAAAGUGAGCAGCUGGAGUGGUCCCGAAGGGGGGGAGGGGGACGCGGAGGAGGCGGGGCGACGCACAGCAGCAGGGAGCAGAGCGGGGGAAGGAGCGGGGCGGGGAGUGGGGCAGGGCGGGGCAGGGCAGGCGGGAUCGGCGUCGUUCUCGUCAGCAGGGCGAGUGACGGAGUUCAUCCUGGGGCGCGCGUACAGGGACGUGGGGGAGGCGUACGAGGUGGGGGGGGAGCAGCUGGGCGUGGGGCAGUUUGGGGUGAUCCGCGCAUGUGUGAGUCGCAGCACGGGGCAGGUGCUGGCAUGCAAGGCCAUCAGCAAGGAGCGCAUUCUGGCACAGGAGGAUGCAGAGGAUGUGGCGAAGGAGGUGCGGGUGAUGCAGCAGCUGCGCGGCCAUCCGCACAUCGUCAAGAUCCACCGCGCCCUCGAGGACUCCCAGAGCGUGCACAUCAUCAUGGAGAUCUGUCGGGGCGGCGAUCUCUUUGACCGCGUCAAGGCGGGCGGCAGGCUGAGCGAGCGCAGUGCAGCGGCCAUCACGGGGCGGCUGGUGGAGGCGCUGCUGUGGUGCCACGAGAAGGGCGUGGUGCACCGCGAUGUGAAGCUGGAGAACAUUCUGCUCAAGCAGCGCAGCAGUGACUCUGACAUCCGCCUUACUGACUUCGGCAUGGCUGCUGAGGUCCGCCCAGGCGAGGUACUAACGGAGCUGAUAGGCACGCCCUACUACAUGGCGCCCGAGGUGCUGGCAGGCUCGUACGGGGCGGAAGCCGACAUCUGGAGUGCGGGCGUGGUUCUCUACAUCCUGCUGUGCGGCCUGCCGCCCUUCUACGCCGCCAGCAACGAGGGCAUCUUUGACGCCAUCCGCAGCAAGCCCGUGCAGUUUAAGGCGCCCAAGUGGAAUGGUGUGAGCAGCGGUGCCAAGCAGCUGAUCAGCAGCAUGCUCGAGAAGAACCCCCGAGAGCGCAUCACGGGGGAGGAGGUCCUGGAGCAUCCGUGGAUCAAGGCACAUGCUUUUGAUGACUAA